CGAGCGGGCGGGGCCGCGGCAGCGCUGCCCCUCUCCAAUAUGGCGGCGGCCACCUCGGGCCGUGCCCCCCGCUCCUCCCUGCGCAGGCUCCGCAGAGCCCCCUCCGCCGCGGCGAUGAUGUCGUAAGCCAGAGCUAAACGAGCAGUGAUGGAAUCACUGGAUACCGAGGUGAGAGCACGGAAGACUCUGGGGACUGUUGAAUAUGUAGAGUCUUCAGGUUUCUCGCAGGGCAUCCUGCCGACCAAGAAGGACGUGGUGCAGAACAUGCUGUAUUUACUGCAGCCCAAGCGAGCUGGCCAGGCCCAGCGCUCCAAGGAGGACGCGGCCCAGCUGCUCGCUGAGCACGUGCAGGAGCAUUGGCUGGUCUGUAACCUGCACACCAUCGCCACGCAGAACAUCAAGAAACUCAUCCUCAAAAUGUACGAGGAGUUCACCAGGUUGUACCAGACCAGGAAGCAGAGGCAGAACCAGGCUUUCACCGAGCGAGCCGACAAGUUCAACGAGAGCUCCGAGAAGCUCUUCGAUGUGUUCUGCACGGAUGUGCACACCAGGAGUAAACUGGAGGAGUACAGUGGAAUCAAAAUGACCAGCAUCGAGUGGAAGUUCCUGGAAGAUCAAAGGAGCGAGAGGAAAAUGUACUACGAAGACUUCACGGAGAAGCAAGAGCUGAAGAUGAUGGAAAGAAGGCAAAAGAUCCAGUGUCUGGAGCACUUCAGGAAGCUCGCCAAGGAGGAGAAGGAGGACAACAAAGCCAAGGAAAUGAAGUACAAAAGCGAGGAGCAGUCGGACGAAGGCACGAGCGUGGAUGAGUCCUGCCCCGCAGAGGAGGAGGAGGAGAACGGCGGCGCCCCGGCCUUCUCGCUGCGGGGCAGGAGGAAGCGGCGCUGCAGCGCGGGCGCCGCGGGUGCGGCCGUGCCCCUCGAGUGCCAGCACAUCCGCAUGAGCAUCCGCAGAGUCCGGCCUGGCUUCUACGAGACUGUGGAGAAGGUCAAAAACUGCUAGUGCGUGGCGCCCUGGGCAGGCAGAGCUGCUGGAGCGCUGGGCCGCCUCACACGCCGUAGGCAAGUUUGAAAUCCCACCCUCAAUUGGAAGCGAUUGUUGUGUCCAUCCCCCAAAGCCAGAGCUCAGAACGGCCCGGCCCAUCCCGCCUGCAGGGACGGCCCCGGCAUGGAGGACUGAAACCACGUGAGCUGGGAAAGAUAAGGAGUCAGCAGCUGAUGAUGGGAAGGCUCAAACGUAGCGGAGGAUCCAAGGUUACGUGGUGUAACAAACCUCUUCUUCCAAGGUCACGUCCAACGCCCGUGGGUUUGGGGAAGUCUCUCACCAUUUCUGAGCCAGGGGUGGCCUCACAGUACGGAAUGGGACUCGGAUUUGGUGCAGGGAAAAGGCUGGGACUCGUGGCUGAUGGGAAAGGGGUGUGCUGAAGUGCCUGAGCUCCCGCUGCCCUGAGUGGGAGUGCAAGGCGCCCGUCCCCUCUCGGCAGGACUCGGCGUUUCUGCGAGGAAUGAGGCCGAUGUUCAGCCCGCACAGGCACCCGCAGUCUCGGCGGGGGAUUGCUCCCUUGCUUGAGAAGAGGGCAGAGAGAGCAGGAGACACUGGAGUGCUUUGGCUGUAAGAGCAUGGGUGAUUCUGAAUGUUCUCUUCUAGAUUCUCUUUCAAUGAUGUUUCCUUGCUGAGGACAAACCUUCCCGUCACCGGAUGAGUUCUCCCUCGCAGCCCCCGAUGUGGGGGCCGAGGGGCAGCUCCACGACAGAGUAGGAGCAUUUUCUCCUUGGAGGGCUCAGCCAGGGGGGAAAGGAUGCAAGUAAUUUAGUUUUAUGAUAGGAAGAAUCUGAUAAACAUGAUCCUGCCUCCUUGGGCUCCUGGGAGCAGCAGCCCCUGCGGGAGGGGAAGCGGCGGUUCUGCUCACAGGGUUGGUGUGAGGGAAGCAGAACCCUCUGGCCUCCUCCAUCCCAAGCAGUGACGUGUCUGUGAUUCUGGGUACCUGCCCCACCAGGGUAUCUGCUGGUUUGGCUUUUGGGUUUUUUUUUUUUUAGUUAGAGUUGCUUUCCUGGUUUUUAAAGAUGAGAGACUUGAAACCUUUCAGUGAAAGCUAGUGCUGGAGAUCUCUCUCUGGUGAGAUUCCAAACCUUGCCAGAUGACACUGAAAAUGAAACGCCCCAAGUCUCUGUUUGCCCGCAGAAGUUCUCUGGUAGAAAAAGAGCACAAACUUGCCUGGUUUUCAAAUUUACCUUUCAGUGUGAACGCUGGUUUCCCCACUCCAGUAUCUCAGCUUUCCCCCCUGCCCCGUUUCUUUCCUCUCCGUCCUGCACAGCAUUUUACUGACAUUAACUCGUGUUGUUUCAUUCUUUUGGCUUUUGCUCCCUUUUAACAAUAAAUGCAUGUACGAAUAAUUUUGACAGUUCUUUUACUUUUGACAAAUCAGUUCUUGGGCUGCUUUCAAGUCCUUAAUGCCAAAGGAGGAAUGAAACACGAAUGAGCUGCUGAGCCGAUGGGGCUGGGCUGGAGUGAGCACGCAGGUGGCGGCGGCUCUGCCUUCCCUCUGCUCCCCCACGCCCCUGCUCCUCAGUCCUGCCCAGGAGCCUCAUUCUGUGUCUGUUAAGCAAAGUCCUUCAUGGUAAGUUGCACCAAAGUACUUGGGGAGCUCGGUGUGUUCCACAUGGCUCGUAGUGUGUUACAGGUCGAAUCUGCAGCGCGCCUGGGCUGUGGGCGACCCGCGGUGUUCCCGCUGCUCCUCCCCGACACGCUUCACCCACUUCCCCCUGCAAAUUAUAUCACCUUUAAACUAUUUGCCUUCCAGCCCUGAGGUGCUGGACUUGAGCCUCUUCAGGGGCUCCUCCACCAGCAGCUCUCUCUCAGCAGGGAACAUAGCCAAGCGCUGACCUCUCCCAAGUAGAAGUUUUGAAGUAACUGCUGUAACCCUCCCCCUGCCCUUGGUAUCCCAGCUCUGACAGCACCAACACGUGUGUGAGGCGAACGCGCCGGGGGUGGCUCGGGGACGGAACACGGCUCUCCAGCGCUUCAUGAUUUUCAGGGAUUCAGGGAAUUUCAGGGGGUCGAAUCCGACUUCCUGCCCCCCCAGGGAAUGGCAUUGCAUCCCAAGCGCCUCACGCAGCCCGCGCGUGCCCCCAAGGCGGCUGCGGGCUGCGCUGAGGGCUGUGCCGUCUCCCUCAGUGACACACAUGGUGAUUUGUCACCUUGGCUGCUUUAUGAAAGACAAACCAAGGCAAAAAACACCUCACCCCAACAGUCCAACCACCUUCUAGGCUGUGAUUCUUUUCCUGAGCAGUUGUUUAUCGCGUUGAAACCAUGUUUGUGUUUUUUAACUGGGUUUGACUGUGGAUAGAGCCAGAGCCUGGCUCUCUUUCUGCUGCAAAGUGGGGGGGGGAGAGUUCUAAAUGAUAUAUUCUGAUUACUCUUCUUUGGGACCAUGGUGCCUUUUUAAUCAGGACAGUAAAUCUUGUCCCAGGAUUCUGUACUUUUGUACGUUAACGGUUGUUGACUUUCCUUUUUUGGUGUGUCCCAAAUAAAUUAAUAUAACAUA